AUGAAUCGUCGCAAACAACAGACCUCGUCCAAUGCACCUGAUCAGCAACAACAAAAGAACGCCGAUCAAGGACCUGUUCACUUUACUAUUAUUCGCAACUUUUAUCUUGCCGAUGUCAUUACACUCAUGAAUGGUGUGUGUGGUAUCAUGUCAGUGUUCUCGUCGAUGCGCUACCUUUUGACGAACGAGAUUGGCGAUCUCUACUCGGCCAUGGGUUUUAUGCCGUUUGGUUUAUUCUUUGACUUUAUGGAUGGACGCGUGGCUCGCUGGCGAAAUAACGCGUCAUUAUUGGGACAAGAAUUGGAUAGUUUGGCUGAUCUGAUCUCUUUUGGCAUGGCACCUGCAGCAUUGGCAUUUGCAAUGGGCAUGCGUACAUACCUUGAUACAAUCAUCUUGACAUAUUUUGUGUGCUGCGGCAUUGCACGACUUGCCCGAUUUAACGCAACCGUCGCAUCGCAACCCAAGGACACAUCUGGCAAGAUCAAGUACUUUGAAGGUACUCCUAUCCCAACAUCCCUUACGCUCGUAGCUAUCAUUGCCUAUUUGGUAUCUCGUGGUCAAUACUUGGACGCAUUACCGUUAUACGAAAUUGCACCUACUUGGGAUUUCCAUCCUUGGGUCUUGAUCUAUGCAUUGAGUGGUACUCUCAUGGUCAGCAAGACUCUUCGCAUUCCAAAGCCAUAA